GAUCUACCUGAUAAUUUUUAUUUCUGUGGUCUCCAAGAGCUGUUUCGUUUUUGAUGUUUCUGGUCUUGUUUCUGAUGUAUUGGUCAUUUGUAUAGGUAUUGCAAUUCGAAUCGAUUUAUUCGCCAGAUCUAGCCCAUUACGAUUUUUUCUGUUUCUUAACCUUGAAGUCGUGCUUGCAGAAAGAGAUUCAUAUUAGAUAAGGUCGUAUACGUCUCUUUUGAGAAGAAAGACGACAACUAUUAUUUGAAAGGGUUACAAAGGCUAGAAUAUCGUUAGAAUAAGUCUAUAGAUUUAAAAGAAGCCUUUGUCGAGAAAUAAAAUUGAUUAUAUGAAUAUCUUAUUUAUUUGUUAGAUUGCAAACUUUUCAAACAACGCUCGUGCGUAGAAAUUUUUGUAUAACGUGUAUAUAUAAAGCAUAUACCAUAUCUAAUUCAUUAAUUUAUGAGUCAAUUAUGACAAAUGAGAAUAUAUAUUUAUAUAACAAAUGUGGAGCACAUACGUUAAACGAAUUGUAACAAAUAAUUGGAAUAAACUAUUACGAAUGCGUGCUUCAAUUAAGUAGGCUCCUAAUGUUAUGGCUAUUUAGUCGCAUUCUAAUUUCAAAUAGAUUGAUAGCCAAUUCAUCAUACAAAGGUCAAGUUAUUGAAAAUCAUCUUAUAGAAAAUAAUUUCAUUGGACUCAUUUCUCGUGUGUGGGUAUUAUUGUGAAAAUGGCUGUCAAUGAUAAAAAUAUGUUGCGUGAAACAUCUUUAUUAAACAUAACACUCGACAUAAGAGAUAAAAGAGAAUUUGUUUCAAAAUUAUAAUCAAUUAUUGAACCUUAGAUGCAUAGAUAGGAUGAUAUCUUCGGAUUAAAUAGUAAUAAAAAUAUUGGUUACUAUCCAGUGCCUUAAAAAACGGGAAAUAUUUAGAGCCCAAGGGUGUAAAGGUGUAUUCGGAGCUCUUGAAAUACGAGGAUAUAUUGAAAAAUUCUUAGCCUACUAUAGAACCAAACAAAAUUUCAAUGUCAAAAUAUUUUAUUACCCAACAUAUUCUCCCCUUAAUUGGAUACAUUUAUUACAGCGAACCCGCAAUGACCUUUCAAACUUUUUUUCAGUUGAGGAAAGAGAUAAUAGUCGGACGGAGCCAAAUCUGGUGAAUAAGGGGGGUGUUCUAGUAAUUCAAUGUACCUAAAUCUCAUCCAUAGUAACAAUUCGGUUUAAAAAGUCUACAUCGUUUUGAAAUCGAGCACAGAUCGAACGCGAUGCUUCUACCCUUGCACGCUUUUGGUCAACAUUCAAACAUUUCAGGAUCCAUUUGGCAGCAAUUUUUCUCAUGUGUAAAUUGACGUGAACUAUAUGAUGAACGCGUUCGUAUGAAAUAUUCAGUGCUUCAGAUAUUUGCAUAUUUGAAAUAUAAAUCAGUUCACUAUAGACCCAAAAAAUCUAAAACAUUUUGAAUUAAUUUUUUCCUCUUCACGACAGGCUUCUAUCCACUGCUUUGCAAAGUCUUCAUUUUUUUUUUGAAACCCAAAGUAUUUAAUACCUGUUUCUUCGGUAUUUCGAUUGGUGUUUUUAAAUGUAGUCACGGCACAACCCGGCAUUAUGAUUUUAUAUUAAAAAGUACAAUCUUUUAAAAGAAAUUAAAACCCGUUAUAUCAACUCUACAAUAGUCUUAAAUACUGACUAAGCCGAAAUUACAAAAAAUAUCACAAACAUGAAAAAACCCGGUAUUUACAACUAUAAAAUAAUAUUAAUGGACAUGCAAACAUUCUGAUUCCAGUGUGACGUCAUGUUCGUGGCGUGUCAAAAGAAAACAAGGUUCUCGCUUUCUUCUAGCCAAUAUCUCCGUUUUUCCAGAAAAGUUAGGCAAAUAUAACCCUAUGACAAUCGAAGACGAUGGCACCGACUAAAUACGUUAGUAUGCAGCAACAAAUUGAAAAGAAUCCAAUAAAGGAAGGUACCUGACAUUCUAUCCAAAAUAGGGUUCAAUUAUAGAAAAAAAUUGAAAUAUUCCAUGGAUAUAUUUUCUGUUUUUAGUAUAUAUCACUGAAAUCAUUUCAUCAACCUAAAAGUUAUAAGCUGGACAUAUUGACUCUCUCCAAUUCGUUGAGUUCAUGUUAAUACCAAUUGUACCAAGAAUCACGCAAAAAGUGUGUUUUUCAGUUUAUUUCAAGUAAAAUGUAGGUUCUAAAAUAAAAUGUCUUAUUCAAUACGUUCAUUUUAUUCUUUAUAGUUUUAUAAAACUCAAACUAGUUUCAGAAUAGCAUUGACAAGAUUUAAAAAAAAACCUUCAUGAAAGUUAAUUGUGAUUUAACAUACUAUUAUAGAAUGACAGACCAAUCGUUGAGCUACAAAACUCAAGUAUGGAAUCAUAGUUAAUUUUAUUAAUAAUGUUUAACAAUAAAUGAAAAUUCAAACAUAUCCAAUGCUGUUAAUACAUAUAAUAAUUCUUUUUAAUCAUAAAUACAUUGAGAAUAGUAGCGCCACCUAUUUAUGAGAUUACAUACAUUAUUUAUUACUUUAAUUGCCAUCUAUUAGUGAAAGUUUGAUUUGUAAGUUGUAUAACAUUCUGUUGCAUAAAAAAAUCGUAUCAAUGCUACCUCUAAAAUAAAACCUGAAAACAUUAUUACUACAAUAAACGACUUAAUUAAACAUCCAGCCAAAGAGAAAAAUUAAAAUCAAAAAUCUGGAAAAGUUCUUUUUGGGUUUAUUUGGUAUGAUUAAUUGAAUAUUACGGAAUGCAUUCAAGGUUUACAUUAUUUCAAAAAUAUUCGGAAUUUCACAAUAAUUUUAAAAUGAGAAAUCCGCUACAACAAAAUAUCCAUCGAAGCUUUGGAAAAAGGCCCCUUUAUUCAGUCCAGUUGUUCAAUACUGACUUCUAUUUAGCAAUUUGUGAUAACGCGAUUUUCUCAGCAAAACAAGAUUUACCUUAGUACCUAAGUGCUAAUCAAUAUUUUGCGUCCUGGACUAGAUUCGUAACAUUUCCAAUGAAAAUUUUAUGAAACUUUGCAUAAACUGAGAUAUUAAGUUCAAACUAAUUUGGAAUAAAAUAACAUAUGGACGGUAUACAACUUUUUCCUGAUGAAAAACAACUAACUCAAAUAUUAGAUAUCAUAGUCAAAAGUUAUUUCAAUCCCUGUUUUCCAAAUUUUGCUAUGACAUAAAAAUUUUUACCUUCCUGUCGCUGUGGCUACAGGCAAAAGAAGACUUGUAGAUUAAACAUUAUUACAUUAUUGAAAUAAUAUGAUAUAAAAAAGGAAAACAAAUUUGCCCAUCAUUUCUAUCGAAUAUGAAUCCUCUGGAAAAUUGAUUUUACCGAAAUUAUUGACAAAUUUACUUUCAAGGAAGCCAGCUACUUAAUUAUUACGUGUAAUAGUUUUUGUAAGAUUGAUUUAUGUACUGAUUCCACGAAAACUGUUUAAGUUGUCAUUUUGAUUUAAAAUAUUUUAUAUUUUUUAAUAUCCUGGCGUUUUUUACAAUAAUAACCAAUAAAAAAAAUAUAUAAUAUUAAUAUCAUAUUUGCAUUUUUAUUAAUGUUUUACUUUUUUUCUUAGACGGAUAGAUGAACUUAAGUCAACGUUAAGUUGCAGUAAGAAAUGAAACAUUCUGAAAAGGGCGAAAUAUUAGGUCUUUACACGCUGCCGGCCGACACACUAGGAUUGUUCUUGGAUGUAACUAGGUGUAUUUCACAUAAAAAUGAGAAAUAACAUUGAUUUAUUAUACAGUAAAGAAGAAUCGCUGUUAAUACCAAGGAAUAUGCGAAAUUUUAAUCUAUAGGGAGCAUAGGAGAGCAAAAUAUUUAAAUGCAAUUAUACCUAUAAAAAAAUGAUAGAGUAGUCGAUUAUUUAUGCAAAAUUUUAGACCAUGCUGGAGUUAAAUUAUUUUUGAAAUUGCAUGUAUCCAUAAUGACGUAAAUAAUAUGGCAUACGUAUUAAGAGAAGACGAUUUGUGGUUUUUAAUUGUUUUAAAAGUUUUUAAUUGAUUCACCAGACAUGUAUUCAUUUUCGAGUGGUACCUUUUUGUGCUCACUUUAAAUGUAAAUUGUGCGAUAUACACUUCUAUGGCAGCAAAAAGAAAGAAACAUUAUUGUUUAUCGACAUUCAUUGUUGAUAAUUCUUGACAGUAACAUGCACCUAUAUAAAAUAGUUAAAAGUAAAAAAAAACAUCGACGCUUUAAGGCUUGGACACACUUGUCAUAGACCACUUCGAUCCGACUCCGGUCCGAUUUUGCUCCAAAGAACGGAUCGGUGCAGGAUCAAAAGAGAUACUUCUGGGCUAUUUCCGAUUUGCAGCUUCGCCUCGAUAAAUUCGCCAGUCUCAAAUCAGCCUAUUUUCGAUUCGAUUCUGAUUCUGAUUAGCGAUGCACAAAGUUCUAGGCUAGGAACUCCACCACGAAAAGCCAGAAAAAGGCACUAUGACCAAAAAUAUUCGAAAUUAUGAGAGAAAGACAAGGAAUUUGCAGGUUGGCUUCAAAAAAGUACCAAAGGUAGAGGAUAUUUUUAUUGCAAAUCAUGUAGGUGGGAUCUUAAGUGUGCCGAUGGAAGAUUUAUUCUAAAUAAACAUGCAAAUAGUUUAUAGCAUGUAGCAUGUGUGAAAAAGGAACUUCUAUUUAGUGGUUGUAUGCUCAGUUUAGUUUAAUUAAUAUUCCACACACAUCUGCAAUUAAUAAUAUGAAAACCAUCCAGAGAAAUAGAAUUUGCACGGAGACUCUAGAGGGAUUGUUGCUUGCUAAAAGAUCCAUAGCAAACAACGGGCAGCCUAGCGCAGAACAUUUAAAAUUUUUCAAUAAAAAUAUGUAUAAUUUCCAAAAAUACACAUUUUAAGAACAGUUCAUGCAUUUUUAAUUUUAAAAAAUCUUCUAAAUUGAGGUGCUAGAUAGUAGAUCUACCAAUUUUGCAUUUUACAUUCUGCCAACUUCUACCAAAAUUUGGCACAUAAUCUACUAAUUUUCUAAAAUUUGGGUUGGCAACACUGGGUCCAUCGUGAUGUCCCGAUUCACUGUCUAUAUGGCAAUAGCUCGAACUUUCUGCAAUGACUGUUAGCUGUCUUCUUAGUUAGUUCAGUUAUCUGGUAUUUUUAUUCUGGUUUAAGCGUUGUGGAUUCUUAUCAGGACUCUUUGGUAGCCGAUUGGAAAAUAUGAUUAUAGGGGAAAGUAGCCCAAUUUGGUUCGCUGUAUUAUCCAAAGAUCGAUAAAAUCUGUACGCUUAUAGAUAGGCAACUUCUUAUACGUAGAUGCAGACGAGGUUAAGGCAAUCGUGCUUCUGAAGUUAUUUACAUUAAAAGAAGUAUUAUUUGUUCGAUUACGAAGAAACUUUUUUAUUUUGAUAUAAGAAUGAAAGCCGUUAGUACGUCCAAACGUAAGUAAUUAUAGGUCUUAUUAUAUCAUUACAAAGAUUACUUAUCCUUUUACAAUUGUAUGAAGUUAUGUUAGUCCGACGGUUUUGUAUAAUAUUAAGUAUUAAAGUAUUAAAAUAAUCAAAAUGCCCAAGUUGGACCGAAUGUAUGAAUGUAGUCGUAAGUAUAGGGUUCCAAAGGUGACUAUCAAGAGGCAUGAUGAUGAAAAAAAUGUUCUACAGAAAUGGAAAGAAUUAUUUCUGAGCAUAUCUUUCACCUUGAAGAAUUCUAGUUUUUGAUGUUGCAGAAAAAUAUGUAUUAUCACCUUGUUCCAAUACAGAUAAAAAAAUUGUUAGUAAAAAAUGGUUUUACUCAUUUUUGAAACUAAAUUAAUUCCCAUUUUCUCUCCGAAGGUGCCCCAAUGGCGAGAGCCAUAGGCUUUGAUAAUGAAAGUGUUAACAAUUUUUUGGAUCUUUUAGAACGAAUUGUUGAUAAGCAUAAAUUUACAGCCGACACUAUAUUUAACGUGGACAAAUCUGGUUUCCCAAAAAUAGGGAAGCACCAGGUAGGAAGUCUAACAAGUGGGGAGCGUGGCGUCAACACAACUAUGGUAUGUGCAGUUAGUGCUACCGGUGCAAAUAUUCCACCAAUGAUAAUUUCUUAGGAUAAAAAAUUUCAUACUGACCUUAAAAUUGGAGCGCCUCCCGCCAGUAUUGUUAUGAUUUCGGACACAGGAUAUAUUAACUCAGGUCUCUUUGUUGAAUGGCUGAUGCAUUUCCAAAAACAUAUAAACUGCAAUGUAUAUAAUAAUGUUCUCCUACGGCUUUAUGGCCAUACAACACACAGCAAAAAUUUCCGGCUUAUGAGUUUGCUCAUGGAAUCGUCUUACUUCAAUUGCCUGGUCAUACCACCCACCGUUUACAGCCUUUGGAUAUAUCAUUUUUUGGUCCUUUGCAGAUUUAUUUUACACAAGCUUGAGAAACGUUUCUAUGCUUAUUUAAAGGGAAAAAAAAAUAUAAAAUGCAAAUGUCAAAAUUACUUAAUGAGGCAUAUGGCAGUGCGGCCACUAUGGGAAUUGCAGAAAAUGCCUUCCGUACUUCCGGAAUUGGGCCAGUAAAUAGAUUUGUAUUCAACCAAUUUGCACCAGCCGAUAUAUUUCAACCUACAACUUCUGUUAUAACUUCUAGCAGUAAUAAUGAUGAAGAUAGAGAUAGUUACAACGAGUAUAAACGAUUUAGGAGAGUUCAUAAAUAAAUAUCACCGCAAACACAGAAAAAUAAAAAUCCAGAUGGUCCUUCGUCUUCUCGUUGAGCGUCAAUAGCUCAGAAAGCAGUGGAAAUAACAAGCAGCUUUUAUCAAUCGCACUUAGACAAAAUAAACUUAAAAAACUUUGAAAAAAUAAUUUCACCAAAGUUUGACAAAAUGCCGAAACAUAAAACAGAAAAUAAUAGUCCAUGGUUUUGUGCAUUGUGUGGAAAAAACAAGAAAUAAGAUAUGAAACAAUGUAUGAAAUUUCGCACUGGCGGUUCAAAGAAGAGAACCAGUUUUCUAUAUUGGAACGAUGACAAGAUUUAUUUGAAUUCAUCUUUUACUAUUAUAAACGGUAUUUAAAAUUUAAUAAAUGCUUUUAUUUUGAAGAUACACUUUUUCCGUGUUUUUAUAUAGUGAAUAUUAUAAAAUUUGUUUAACUUAGGCCACCCCUACAUUUUGUAUGAGUAGGUCCAUAUUUCACUGCAACCUGUGUCUGGUUACUUCAUCUUGUACCCUUCUUCUUGUUGCUUCGUUCCUUAUAUCAUGGAUACAUUCAUUUUUCAGUUUUAGAGUAUGAUUACCAUCAGAUUGAUAUUGGUUUGUAGUCUUCCACUGGACCAGAUUCCUUUGUUCAGAUGGCAUAGUAUAGAUCGAUCCAUAAACGGUUCACGAGGGUCUAGAAAAUGUUCUACAUCUACUGCAUAUAUGUUAUGAGAACAGUUUCAUUCUAAUAGAUCAGGUUUUUCUAAGGAAAGUGAAGAUUUCUUAGUUGCAUCAGCUCAGAAUAUCCAGAUUCAAAUAUAUUAUAAUAAUAUUAGUUUACAGGAUCGCUAAAUGAUAUAUAUCAUUUUUAUUCAUUCUACCUAGAUACCUCACCAUGAACUAUACUAAAUUUUCUCUAAAUCUCCUGAAUACAUUAUUUCAUCUUAACUACUAACUAUAAUUUUAACUACAAGUUAAAGUAAACUUAAUUACCAAAACUAUAUCUUACUAAGUGCUUUCUUGUUGACUAUUGUACUGUACUAAUUAUUGUGCUUAUUGAUUAUAUUAUUGAUUAUGUUGUUGUUAAGUUCUGUAAUCUUCUUCUGAUUGAAUCCAUUUAAUUUCUUAUUUUUCCUUAGAAUUCCUUGGCUUUCACAUAUUUCUUAGUAAGUACAACAUCAAAGAUUGUAGCUUGGGUAUCUAUGAUUUGCAUCCUAAACUUUUACCCACUGCUCCAUUUUUUUCAUGAUAGGAAUGGACCCAUCUUGGUUUCUCCCUGUUCAUCAUCAGGCGCUUAAAAAUAAAUUUCAUUAUUUGUCUUACCUUAUCAUCUUUGCUUGAUGGGUUAUAGUCAUUUUUUUGCUACAUUCUAGUCACUUUUCUCUUUUUAAGAAACAAAUUUUUUCAUAAACAGUUGCGUUCCAAAACAUUGUCAUAAAUGAUUCGAUGUGUUGAUAAAUAGAAAUUUCUCAAGAAAAUUUAUAAGAAAUAUAAUAGCAUAAAACAAACUUAGGCCUCUCAGAAACGUCCAUAUAACUCGAUUGCUAAUCGUCUACUGUUAUUCACGUGGUAUAAAAUUAUUGACACAUAUUAUUUUUAAACGGAUCCCCCACUAUACUCUCGCCAACGAAAAGAAAAAUUAUAUCGAGAAUCAAGAAGCGAGAAGUUAAUGUGAAUUCGCGAUUGAGUCUACGUUGUGUUCUGUGAUCGACUCGAACGGUGUAUUGCAUCAGAUAUUUUACAAAUAUGAACAUAGCGGAACUCGAAAACGAAAUUUUUAACGAAGAUACUAAGGCCUUAUGGGUUUUUGCUUACGGGUCUUUAUGUUGGAGACCCGGAUUUGAUUUUAAUAAAGCAAUUACAGGAUUUAUAAAAGGAUAUGAGAGACGAUUUUGGCAAGGAAAUAUUAUACAUAGAGGAACAGAAGAAAAGCCAGGACGAGUAGCAACAUUAGUUGAAAAUAUGCAGGGCAGAGUCCACGGAAUUGCAUUCGAAAUUAGUGGAGAUGCAGCUAUACCAUACCUCUCACGACGGGAAUGCAAGCUAGGAGGUUAUAUAUCACAUUUCACUACUUUCUAUCCAGCAAAUGGAAAUCCUUUCAACGUUCUGCUAUACGUAGCGACGUCGAAUAAUCCUCAUUGGCUAGGUCACGCAGAGGCGAAAACUAUAGCACGACAAGUAAUAAAUAGUAAAGGGACAUGCGGAAGUAAUGUAGAAUAUGUUAUUAGGUUAGCUAAUUUUAUGAGAGAGCAUUUCUCAGAUGUACCAGAUUUUCAUUUAUUUGAAUUAGAAAAAGAAGUAUUGGAUUUAAUUGAAAAUGAAAGACUGUGUUUAAAAACUCUAAUGGGUGAUGGAGAAGGAUGUAUUAGUUUUGUAAAAAAGAACGUCGAUCGAACAUCAACUAGGCAGCUACAAGAAGAUGAAGGAAGAUUGGAUAAUUUCCAGUUUUCAACAAGAAUUCAAGGAACGAAAUUGCGUUGCUUGAAUCUUUAACUAAUUAUAUUUGUAUUAAUUCUGUGAUUAUUUAUCUGUAUUGUUAAUUAUUUUCGCAAAUGAAGACACUUGAAAAAUAAUAUUAUAAACAUUAGCUUAAGAUAAAGUCCAAGUCAGAACAAACUUCCAAGUAGAAUUGUUUGAUUUUCUUAAGGUUUACGAAAAUAACUGACUAAUUUACUAAAUUAAGAAUAGAAAACAACAAAUAGUUUUCGAUAAAUGCAACUGUAGUAAUCCAGUCAAAGUUCAUAGUGUUAGGUUCAAAAUUAGUUUAGUACAUUUUAUUAUUGAACAAAUAAAUACGGACUGAAGCAAAGACGUACCCCUAACAUUGAAAGUGAAUUAAAAAAAAUAUUAUUUUAGCAUCGAAAAGGUUCAAUUGAGAAAAAGAUUUAAGUUUGUUUAAAACAACGAAUCAUUUAAGUAAUGUCCAUAGCAGUUAGUUCUUUAUUUCUGCAUAACUCUGCGAAUCAUUUGUUGUAUAAAGCGGCCAACUACUUGACAAAUUGCAUGCUUCUUCAAAGUUUCUAAGGCAUUGGGUCGGUGUUUACAUAGUUCAAUCCCGACGCAACCUCCAACAAAAUUAUUCGCACGGUGUAAAAUCAAACAAACGCGUGUGCCAUAGAAUGUCAGUAUAUCAAGAGAUCAUGGACCAGGGAACAUUUUUCUCUUUAAAAACAACUAUCGAGUUCCUAGCAGUGCCACUAUCCUACUGUAACAACGCUAGAGAAAUUAUUGGAACACCAACAUUUUCCUUCUCAAAGAAAUAAAUUCCAAUUAUGCUUAUUACACACUAAACUGUCACAUUCUCAUUUCAAAAGCUUUCAAUGAGCUACCCUUGAAUUCACACCUCUCCAUUAACGCAAAUUCUGCUAAUGAACAAAUAAAAAUAUGAAAAUACUCCUCAUCACUGAACAAAAUUUUCACAUAUCUGUACUUAUUACCUAACCUAAAACUGGGCUAGAAAUGGAAUCUUUUAUAAAAAAAAUUUACAAGAAAUACUUCAUACGAGUAGAACAAGACGACAUAUUACAUUACAAAAAUCGUACAAUUCUACUGAUACUUACAAAAAUAGUCUCGUGGGAUCUCAGAGAUGUGACAGUGAAAAAUUCUCUAAGUGUUGGAGAAAGAGAAAGUGGAGAAAACCAAUCCAGCCGGAUAGUCAUACCAGAGGAAAAAGGUAGCAGGGGUGGGAAUGUGCGAGUUCAAACACGUUCGAGUAACACUUCAACCGGUUGUCUAGGGAUUCCCCAGAUGACGCGCGAUUACUGGAGUAUUAAUCCACGCUCCAACAAAUCGAAUACACACGUUUUUUAAAUGGUUAUAAGCGUUUUGAUUCGACUCUAAAAAUCUUAGCCGUUAAGAAAAUCAAGUACGUCUACUCAUUGUUCAAUCGACUCUAUAGUUUAUGUUUUGAUGUAUAUAAUUUACCAAAUAAAGUUAUAUUAGUUCCUAUUUAUAUUAGAUAAUUGUUCAUAGUUAUGACUUUAUAUAUAUUUUUCAUAAACUCAAACCAAAUUUAAAACUUGAAUAUGAAAAUAUUUUUGACGAUUUGAAGACUGCAAUAACUUUGUAUAAGAUUGAAAUUUUCAGUAUUGUCAAAUAGGUUAAUUUAGUUACAUACACAAAAGCGUCGGAUUAAGAAGUAGUGGGGCCUGGGGCUAAAAUCGACCCGGGGCCCACUUAAGGAAAUUUAAGGAAAUCAACUUUUUUAAAUAAAAUAUAUUAGUUUCAAAUUAAAUGUUUAUAAGUAAAUAUAAAUUCAAAUCUCAUUUAAUAAACUGUAUAAAAAUUUUAUUUAAUAAACUCCUUUCUCGAUUUAGUUAUGGCAAAAUUUUCAUUUAGGUAUUUCAUCAAAAUUCAUAUUCUGUAACAACUCAUUUUCAAUGCACAGCCUUGUUAAUGACGACAAUCGCUCAUCUACAUUAUAGAGCGAUGUACAUUUUUUAUUCUUUUUAAAACGGUAGGCUAUAAUUCGGAAAAGUUUCCAUCAUAUCUAAUGCAAGUUGUAGAUCAUUAGACUAUAUUUCUACUAGAUAUUUUACUCGCACUUCUAGCUCACCAUUUACAUUUUGAAUGCAUGUAAUAUGUAAUUUAUUAUUAUUUAGAGUAUAAGAUUAUUAAUUAUAUAGAGUAAAAAAUUAGUGUGCGGAUUAAAUUACACAAAAAUGCAAAUUUUGCUGUAGAUCCAAUAUUGCUUCUAAAAUAAAUGAUCAAAUUAGUAUUUUGCGGAGCCCCUACGGGCUCGGGGUCUGGGGCUUCAGCCCCCGCUAGACCCUCCCUAAAUCCGACGCUGAUACACACCCAUACAAAUAUAUUGCAUGAGUAUAAUUGGUUGUCUCAAAUUACAUAACGUGUACUAUUAGUUACCUAUCAUAAUGUUCACAUUGCUCUUAAUUAUACAUUUUAAAUGCAAAAUUGCUCCUUUUCUAAUAACAAAAGUGUAAAAAAAUGUGACAAAAAAAUUGAACUGCCAUCUUGUUCUUUAAAAUGUUUAUAUUGAAAUUUCUGUGCUGCAUAGAAUAGGUUCCAAAUCCGUAUAAGAAAAGUUUAACGUGAGAUGUGAAUAUGAAUACUUUUACUCUAUAUAAAAUAUAUUUUUUUAAUUCUU